UGUAUUUAUUUAGCAGUAAAUAGGCUAAUAAAGAUGUCGGACAAGCACUUUACUCUGGGCCAACGUGUAAUGGUCGUAGGCAAAGAAGUCAAAGGUUCUAUUGCUUAUGUCGGGUACCCUACCUUUGCGACCGGGAAGUGGAUAGGAAUAAUAUUAGAUGAGCCUAAAGGAAAGAACAACGGAACUGUCAGAGGACAUUCUUAUUUUCGUUGCGAUGAAAACUAUGGAGUGUUCGUACGACAGACACAAAUCCAACUACUUGAUGCAGAGGACAACCCCAUGGAGACCUCCAUGACUGCGUCUAUCGAGGAGAAACCUUCAUCUAACAGGCGAUUGAGCAGGGUGCGGAGGAAGGCGUCGCCCGCGCAGACCAAAACCGGAAGUUUGUCAAUGUCGAGUUCCAGGACGUCUCUCGCGAGCAGCCGCCAGUCUUUGACGUCGUAUGUUUCACCUACUACCGAGAGGGCUACCUCGCCAGAUCUCACUGGGAAGAGGGCAUCUUUUGUUGAGACUGGUUUCGUGGAGACCCUGACUCCUCAGUUCACUCCAGGACAAAGUUUGACUUCGCCGCAGCCAGUUUCCACAGCGGUUGAAGAUAAACUGGCUAACAUGCAGGCACAACAGGAGAUUAUAGCCCUUAAAUCUGAAGUCGAAGAUCUCAAGGAGAAGUUGGAAACGCUGAAGGUCCGUCGCGCCGAAGACCGAGACAAGAUCCGGGAGCUGGAGAGGGUCCGUCUCCAGCUGGAUCAGGCGAACGAGUUCAAAUCCAAGAUUAUGGAGUCGCAGGCUCAGUUACAGCGGGAUUUGCAGAGGGCCAAACAGGAGCUCCGAGAGGCUCAAGAGGCACUCGAACUACACAACGAUGAGACAGCCGAACUUCAAGAGGCGGCAGAAAUGGCAGCCCUUGACAAGGAAAUGGCCGAAGAAAGGGCAGAAGCGCUACAACUGGAGCUGGAACAGUGUCGAGACAAACUGGAGGAGGCUACGCUCGACCUGCAGCUCAUGCGCGCCGAGAUGGAGGCCGGCGGGAACAUACAGCACCCGUACGCAGCGGGCGAGGGCGCGACGGGCUACGAGCUGCGCCAGCUGCAGCAGCAGAACGUGCGCCUGCGGGACACGCUGGUGCGCCUGCGCGACCUGUCCGCGCACGACAAGCACGCCAUGCAGAAGAUGGCCAAGGAUUUGGAGCAGUAUAAGUCUGAGAUAGCUGAACUUAGCCGGACAAAGGAGAAGCUGUCAGCCCGCGUUGAAGAGUUGGAAGCGCAAGUUGCUGAUCUAAGGGAACAGGUCGACGCAGCUCUUGGUGCCGAAGAGAUGGUCGAACAGCUCGCUGAGAAGAAAAUGGGCUUAGAAGAUCAGGUUGAACAACUAAAACAAGACGUCCAAGAGUUAGAAGCGCUGCAGGAAGUACACGAACAGCUGGUGGAGUCCAACCGAGAGUUAGAGAUGGACCUUCGUGAGGAAUUGGAAAUGGCUCAUGCUGCUACAAGGGAGGCUAUAAGAGAACGGGAAGCGGCCCUGGAGACAAUACUGGAUAGAGAUCUGACAAUAGUUAAAUUCAGAGAACUCGUCCAACGGAUGACCGAACAACACAACGAAUUGAGGAGUCAGUUGGAAUCCAAGCAAGUCAACACUACAAUCGUACUGUCCCCAGCGGGAACAGCGGUGGUGUCCAGCGGUACGGAGGCGACCACCAGCCCCGAGGUGCGCGCGUCGCCCCCCGAGCUGGGCUCGCUGGUGCAGCAGUCGCGCGCCUCCACGCGCUCCGUGGACCUGCAGCUGCGCGCGCUGGAGCUGGCGCAGGCGCGGGCGCGCGCCGACAUGCUGGCCGCCUGCCUGCCCGACCACUUCAUGGCGCCCACCGGUGACCACGACGCCAUAAUGUUCAUCCUGCUGUUGCAGCGAUUGAACACUAAGGCCGAGAUCAUAAUGGGACAGAUUAGGGAAAAAUUCCCAGCUGUGAACGUGUGGGACAAGGAGUCCAUAAUGAGGACUCACACUGCGGUGCAAUACAGCUUCAGAUGUCAACUGGAGUAUCAGCUACAUAUGAUACAGUGUAUGGUGUGCAUGUGGAGCGGCGCUCUGGAGCGCUGCAGCCCCGAGCUGCUGCUGCGCGCCGCCUCCGCGCUGCCGGACGCCGCGGCGCAGGAGAGGGCGCUGGACGCCGCCGCGCAGCUGCUCAAGACCAACGAGCUGGACGAGAACUGCUCGCUGGAUGGCAUGGAGCGGUGCUGGACGUACCUGGCGGCGAUGUGGAGCGCGCUCAACAUGGCGGCGGUGGAGGGGGCGGGGAGCGCGCGGGAGGUCGUGCUGCACGCCUGCGCCGCGCUCGACGCGCUGGCGCGGGCGCUCGCGGCCGACGCGAACGCGCUCACGCACGUGCUGCAGCCGUCCGAUCAUCAGCAAGAGUUAGGUUUGCUGCACGAGUCGAUCCAGUCGAGCUGCGCGUCGUUACAGCAACAGCUGAAGAGCGUCCGGAGGCGACUGCCGCCCGGUGUGCAAUUACACGCGCUACCCAUCGAUUUACAGCUGGUGGAGAGGCUGCGCGGUGAGAGCGCCGUGCGAUUGUGGCGCUGCGCACGCGCCGCAUCGUUGGCGGCCCGCGCCGCGCUGGCGUGCGCCGCCACGGCGGGCGAGCGGGGCGACCCCGCGCCGCUGGCGCACGCGCCGCUGGCCGCCGUCUGGGCCGCCGCGCUCGACAAGGUCUACCAGCAGGACGACCACGGCGCAGUUAAAACUAUCAAGCACGCAUUAUCCACCGUUGCGGCGGAUGUGGGCAAACUGGCUGCCUUUACCCAGGACAAGGAGUACGAUGUCAUGUCUCUCACUAAUGUGGCCUCGGAGAAGCCUACGCCACCGAUAGUGCUGCGCGCUCAGCUGGUUAAGAAGCAGCUGGAGGAGACCAAGACCUUGACGAUCAGACUCGAGAACAAAGAGGCGGAUAUCAAGGAGCUGAGGAAGGCUUUGAAGGCGAAACAAGAAGAACUGUCUGAGAUGCAAAUACGCCGUGAACUCGGCGAGAGGAAACUCGCCUCAGCAGCGAGGGAUGCGGAGGUGCGCGCUCAGCAGCUGCAGCGACGACUGGACGACGCGCAAAACCAGCUCAAGAGAAAAGAGAAAGAAUUCGAGGAAACAAUGGAUCAUCUUCAACAAGAUAUCGACUCGCUCGAAAGCGAGCGAGGCGCGUUACGCGACAAACUUAAGUUGUACGCCAAGAGAGGCACGCACCACGCCAUGGCGUCGCCAGUCGCGGUCCGGGAUUACACACAGGAGGCGCCGGUAAAGGUAGCUUCGGGCAUCGCAGCUGGAGAGGUGAACGAAGCUCUGCAGCAUCAGCUCAAAGUACUCAGCUGGACGGUGGAGCGCGAGCGCAGCGCCCGCGCGGCGGCGUGCGCCCGCGCCGAGCGCGCCGCCCUGCGCGCGCUGCGGCCGCUGCACCACCCCGCCGCGCCCGCCGCCGCGCUGCGCCGCCGCGCCGCCGCCGCGCUGGAGCUGCGCCUGGCGCGGCUGCACGCCGAAUGGACCCUAUUCGUCGCCAAGUCCGGUCUGGUCAAGUUCCCCGAAGAGCCGAGUAAAUACGCGAAAGCGCUGGAACAACACAAGGAAAAGCAGAAAGAGAUUAGACGGCAGUUGGAAGAGAAGCUAGUGGCCAUCCAGGCGGAGGUCCGGGGUCUGGUGGCUGUACAUCGUCCCUGGCGCUGUGUGGAGGCAGACUUCACGGAGUUCCCCGCUCCAGAACUGACAGCGGCACUAACCGGUAAAGCGAUCGACAUUGGUACAAUAAAGUAUCCAGCAUCUGAAUCCGUUCAAGAUGACACCAUCUACGUCACUCCGACACAGCUGGCAAAAUUACGUGAAAUCGUCUCUGAACUACAAUCAGACGAUGUUCAGCUAGAUUUGAAACCGCUCGAUCAAACUGUCUGCGCGGCCUGAGGAGAGAAGUAAAGUAGGAGAAAUAGAGAGAGAGUGAGAAGAGAAUGUAAGGGAGAUGAGAGAGAUCGUAUUAGCUUUAUUUAUAGAGCUGCAAACAAAAAUGACAGCUGUGUCCGAGUUUAAUUGAUUAAAAUUAGUAGUGAAA